AUGAUGAUCUCCAACUCGGAGGCGAGGAAUCUCCGCUUCUGCGCACAAAAUAGCGAGAUGGGCGUCUCCCUGCUGCACUCGUUCGGGCAAGACCAGGAGCGCUUGAGCAGCAUCGCCAUCCUUGACAAGGACGGCCACCUCUACACGCGCUCCUGCGCCCUGGUCCACAUCAUGGCCCGGAUGGACUUCCCCUUUCCGGUGGGGGCCGCGCUCCUCAAAGCCGUCCCGGAACCGGUGCGGGACGCCGUCUACGGCUUCGUGAGCCGGAGAAGGCACGUCUUCGGGACGGAGAGCCUGUCCUGCCGCAUCCCGGAGGAGAGCGAGGUGGAACGGUUCGUGCUGUGA